UUAUGUUUUCGUUUUGUAUUCGAUCUUCACUCGUCGGUUGCGCUUUGAGUUCGGUUUAGAAAGGUUUUAAUUUAGCGGAAAGUGAAAUUAAUAAUACUAGAAAUCAUGCAGGGCCAGCAGGCGGUGGUGAACGCUCAAAAUCAGCCGAUUUCGUCGAGCAAGACCAUCGCGAUCGGCAGUCAAGUGAUACUCAAAAUGAACGAAGCCAUACCGAUGUCGUCCGUGGCUUUGUUGGAGCUGGCGCAUCGGGAGUACCAGGCAGGCGACUACGAAAACGCCGAAAAGCAUUGCAUGCAAUUAUGGCGACAGGAUCAAACCAACACCGGCGUUUUGUUGUUGUUAUCCAGCAUACAUUUCCAAUGCAGGCGACUCGAUAAAUCAGCCCAAUUCAGCACUUUGGCCAUCAAACAGAACCCCCUUUUGGCCGAAGCUUACAGCAAUUUGGGCAACGUGUACAAAGAAAGGGGCCACUUGCAAGAGGCCUUGGACAAUUACAGGCACGCCGUAAGGCUGAAGCCCGACUUCAUUGAUGGAUAUAUCAAUUUGGCGGCGGCAUUGGUGGCUGCCGGCGACAUGGAGCAGGCCGUACAGGCUUACAUAACCGCGUUACAAUACAAACCAGAUCUCUACUGUGUUCGUAGUGAUUUGGGAAAUCUCCUAAAAGCUUUAGGUCGUUUAGACGAGGCAAAAGCCUGCUAUCUGAAGGCGAUCGAAACGCGACCGGAUUUCGCCGUCGCCUGGAGCAAUCUCGGGUGCGUGUUCAACGCCCAAGGGGAGAUAUGGCUGGCCAUACACCAUUUCGAAAAGGCCGUCGGUUUGGAUCCGAAUUUCCUCGACGCCUACAUCAACCUGGGGAACGUGCUCAAAGAGGCCAGGAUCUUCGAUAGGGCGGUAGCGGCGUAUUUGAGGGCGUUGAAUCUGUCGCCGAACAACGCCGUGGUGCACGGCAACUUGGCGUGCGUCUACUACGAACAGGGCCUCAUCGAUUUGGCCAUCGACACUUACAGGCGGGCCAUCGAAUUGCAGCCGAACUUCCCGGACGCCUACUGCAACUUGGCCAACGCGCUGAAGGAAAAGGGCCAAGUUUCCGAUGCCGAGGAAUGCUACAAUACGGCGUUGCGCCUGUGCCCGACGCACGCCGAUUCGCUCAACAAUUUGGCCAACAUCAAAAGGGAACAAGGUUACAUCGAAGAAGCGACCAGAUUGUACCUGAAAGCCUUGGAGGUGUUUCCCGAAUUCGCCGCCGCUCACAGCAAUCUGGCCUCGGUUUUACAGCAACAGGGCAAAUUGAACGAAGCCCUCAUGCAUUACAAGGAAGCCAUCAGAAUUCAACCGACAUUCGCCGACGCCUACUCGAACAUGGGUAACACGUUGAAGGAGAUGCAAGACGUGUCGGGUGCGUUGCAAUGUUACACGCGCGCCAUCCAGAUCAAUCCGGCGUUCGCCGACGCCCACAGCAACCUGGCGAGCAUCCACAAGGAUUCGGGCAACAUACCCGAAGCCAUACAAUCCUACCGGACGGCGCUGAAGCUGAAACCCGACUUUCCCGACGCCUACUGCAACCUGGCCCAUUGCCUACAAAUCGUCUGCGAUUGGACCGAUUACGACGCGCGCAUGAAGAAGCUGGUUAACAUCGUGGCCGAACAGCUCGAAAAGAACCGGCUGCCGUCGGUGCAUCCGCACCAUUCGAUGCUCUAUCCGUUGUCGCACGAAUUCCGCAAGGCGAUCGCCGCCCGGCACGCGAACCUCUGCUUGGAGAAGAUCAACGUGUUGCACAAGUACCCGUACAAGUUCGGCGUCGAAUUGAAGGGUCGCCUGCGCAUCGGCUACGUGAGCAGCGACUUCGGCAAUCAUCCGACGUCGCAUCUGAUGCAAUCGGUGCCCGGCAUGCACGACAAAACCAAAGUGGAGGUGUUCUGUUACGCGCUGAGCCAGGACGACGGGACGACGUUUCGCAGUAAGAUUACGCGCGAGGCCGAGCACUUUAUCGAUCUGUCGAACGUGGCGUGCAACGGCAAAGCGGCCGAUCGCAUUUACUCCGACAACAUUCACAUAUUGGUGAAUAUGAACGGUUACACGAAGGGCGCCCGCAACGAGAUAUUCGCCCUGCGACCGGCGCCCGUGCAAGUCAUGUGGCUCGGCUAUCCGGGCACGAGCGGCGCCAAUUUCAUGGACUAUUUGGUGACCGACGCCGUGACGUCGCCCGUCGAAUUGGCCGAUCAGUACAGCGAGAAAUUAGCGUACAUGCCGCACACGUACUUCGUCGGCGAUCACCGGCAGAUGUUUCCGCAUCUGAAAGAGCGAUUGAUCGUCAGCGAUCGCACGGGUCAACAUCUGGCCGAUAACGUGGCCAUCAUCAACGCCGCCGAUCUGUCGCCGUUGGUCGAAAGCACCGAGGUGAAGGAGAUCAAGGAGAUCGUCCGGGCCGCCAGGCCGGUGGAGAUCAGUAUGAAAGUGGCCGAACUACCGACGACCACGCCCAUCGAAAAUAUGAUCGCCUCGGGGCAGAUACAGACGUCGCUGAACGGCGUCGUCGUCCAAAACGGACUGGCCACCACGCAAACGAACAACAAAGCCGCCACCGGCGAGGAGGUGCCCCAAAGCAUCGUCGUCACCACGCGACAACAAUACGGUCUGCCCGACGACGCCGUCGUCUAUUGCAACUUCAAUCAAUUGUACAAAAUCGAUCCGGCCACGUUGCACGCGUGGGUGAACAUACUGAAGGCCGUGCCGAACGCGGUGCUGUGGCUGUUGCGCUUCCCCGCCGUCGGCGAGCCGAAUCUGUUGAAUACGGCGCGCCACUUGGGCCUGCCGCCCGACAAGAUCAUCUUCAGCAACGUGGCGGCCAAGGAGGAGCACGUCAGACGCGGCCAGCUGGCCGACGUGUGCCUGGACACGCCGCUGUGCAACGGCCACACGACCAGCAUGGACGUUUUGUGGACGGGCACGCCGGUGGUGACGUUUCCCGGGGAGACGCUCGCCUCGAGGGUGGCGGCCAGCCAAUUGAAUACGCUCGGUUGUCCGGAGCUGAUCGCCGGUUCGAGGCAGGAGUACGAGGAUAUCGCUAUUAAAUUAGGCACCGAUAAGGAAUAUUUGAAAGCUAUGAGGCACAAGGUGUGGACGGCCAGGACGUUGUCGCCGUUGUUCGAUUGCAAACAGUACGCUCAGGGUUUGGAGUUGCUCUACUUCAAGAUGUGGGAACGUUUUUCGGCCGGUUUGAAGCCGGAUCACAUUACGGAUACGACCGCCAGGAAAUAAGCCGCUUACUUUAUUACAAAGUUCGUUAUCUAUCGCCACGUUUCUUUGGCCAAUAUCUCUUUCGAAGCGACGACGUUAACGGUAAAAGUUUGUGUAUAUUUUUUUUUGUUAGAUUGUUGGGAGUCGCACGAGUCGAGGGUAAAGAUAUACCGUGUUCGAUUGUGUGCAGAUUUUAAAUGUUUGAAUGGAUAAAAAGACUAUUUUUGCCGAUACGAUGUGCUUCUUUUGACAGUCCGUGUAUAUUUCACACAUAUGUAGUUUACAUAAUAGCGAUUGGAAUAAAUUCAAUUCUUUGAUUUAAUUAUAAGUUAUAUAACAAAAAAAUAAAAGCUAUUUAUUUAA